AUGAGGGAAGGGGGGAUGAGGAGGAGGGCAGUGAGUGGAGGAGGGGACGGUCUGGUGAAGCUCUGGGACCUACAAGACGGGAGAGAGCUACUGUCUAUGGCUGGACACACUGCUGAAGUGGUGUGUGUCCAGUUCAACUCCAGUGUGAUGGUGUCUGGGUCGACCGACAGCAAGAUAAGAGUGUGGAACUACCAGGGACGCUGCCAGUGGGUCCUGGAGGACCACAUUGGAGUCGUUCGCUGUCUCUGUCUGAGAGGAGACAGGCUCGUGUCGGGAGGAGACCGGAAGAGAAUUGUUGUAUGGGACGUCAAGAAUGGAGAGAAGUUGCACGCAGUCCACAGACAGCAGAGUCUCCUGCACAGAAUGUUGGUCACGGAUACCAAGAUCAUCACUGCCUCCCCAGACUCACCAGGCACCAUCAGUAUCAUCUCUUACUGGUAGUCACACUCACCUAUUAUAUCUAUAUAUACCAGCAUCUCAUUCUACUUCAUGAUAAUGUGCUUUAUUAAGCAAACAGAAGGAACUGAAAAGAUUAGUGGGACGAUUGCGAUUGUGUGCAAAAGGUCUCAU